AUGCCAGAAGAAGAGCCGUCUCUGAACAUCCCCUCUCUCCUCACCCUCGCUGUGGUGUCAUUCUUCGUGCUGCGAUGGUUUCUCAACCGCGAUGGAGGAGAGGCCGGACCCGGCAGCAGUCGCAGUCGGGCGCGAGGCACCGUCGACCCAGCCCAAGUCGAGCAAAUAUCCCAGAUGUUCCCUCAGCUCAGCGCCCGUGAGAUCAUGUGGGAUUUGCAGCGCAACGGGGGAAGUGUUGCGGCGACAACGGAGAGAAUCCUGACCGGUCGGGGCCUGGAAGUGCCGCCCCCAUCCUUCCAACCUCAGAUCGCUAUCCCCACUACGGCCCCUGUUCAAUCACAACCCACUCAAACGGCGACCUCCAAGGCCGAUGCCCAGGACCUGAUCUCCCGCUAUAAUCUCCGCGCGAAACUUGAGGCCGAGAACAGCGCCGCCGAGUCCGCACCGUCGCAGGCUUCUUCCACGACAGGCUGGUCGCAGAGCAAGGAGGAGCGCCAGCGCUUGCUGCAGAAGCGGAGGGACGAGAUGAUUCUGGCGGCGCGGAGGAAGAUGAUGCAGAAGGAUCAGGCUGCUCAAUGA